GUUUCUUUCUUCUUUUUCUUCUGGUAAACCCUAGGACGGCACAGCAGGUACUCUCUCUCUCUCUCUCUCUCUCUCUUCGGUCUCAAGGGCAAGACAGACUUUCACCAACCCCGCACAUCCACCCGCAGGUGGAUUACGAGUCCUAAGUCUGCAAAUCCGGGGCCAAAUCGGGGUUGGGAUUUUGGCUGCCAAAGACCGGAGAAGAGGAAGGAAAGGAGAACAAAUCCGGCCGCGUCCUAAAUCCACCUCCAAAUGCACCAGCCAAACAGGCCGAGGUUUAUCCAUCUCCAGACUAGGAUUUAUUGACCUCCUGACUAGGGUUUUGUGAGCAAUCAGAAGAAAACGAUGGCUCGAUCCUCUAAGACGCGCCUGCUCUACACCCUCUGUUCCUCCACGAAGACGGCGCCGUCUCCAUCCCCGCCGCCGCGCUGGUCUCCGACCACCGCGCUCCUCCUCCUCCGGCCGUUCUCCGCCGGCGGCAGCAGCGCGGCGCGAGCGAAGGACGAGAAGGAUGGGGCGCCGUGGUGGAAGGAGUCGAUGGAGAGGCUCCGGAACAUCGGGAUAUCGGCGCACAUCGAUUCGGGCAAGACGACGCUUACGGAGCGGGUGUUGUUUUACACGGGGAGGAUUCACGAGAUCCACGAGGUUAGAGGGAAGGACGGGGUCGGAGCGAAGAUGGAUUCUAUGGAUUUGGAGAGAGAGAAGGGGAUUACGAUACAGUCUGCUGCUACUUACUGUACUUGGAAAGACUAUCAGGUGAACAUAAUAGAUACACCGGGCCAUGUUGAUUUUACCAUUGAAGUUGAAAGGGCUUUGCGUGUUCUUGAUGGUGCCAUCCUCGUCCUUUGCAGUGUUGGCGGUGUGCAAAGUCAGUCAAUUACUGUUGAUAGGCAAAUGAGAAGAUAUGAGGUUCCAAGACUUGCUUUUAUCAAUAAACUUGAUCGAAUGGGAGCAGAUCCGUGGAAAGUUCUUAACCAGGCAAGAUCUAAGCUUCGACAUAACGCUGCUGCAGUGCAAGUUCCUAUUGGGAUGGAAGAUGACUUUCAGGGUCUCGUUGACAUUGUGCAGUCAAAAUCUUAUUAUUUUCAUGGUUCCAGUGGUGAAAAAAUACUCACCGAAGAAGUACCUCCAAAUAUGGAGGCAUUAGUCGCCGAGAAGCGGCGUGAACUAAUUGAAGUGGUUUCUGAAGUUGAUGAUAGACUUGCUGAGUUGUUUUUGGCCGACGAACCUAUAACAUCAGCAGAACUUGAGGGGGCAAUUCGCAGAGCUACUAUAGCACGAAAGUUCAUACCAGUAUUCAUGGGCAGUGCAUUUAAAAAUAAGGGAGUGCAACCACUUCUUGAUGGUGUCCUUAGUUAUUUGCCUUGCCCCACAGAAGUUAGUAACUAUGCUCUUGACCAAAAUAGCAAUGAAGAGAAGGUUAUGUUGUCUGGAACUCCAGCUGGACCUCUUGUAGCUUUGGCAUUUAAAUUGGAAGAAGGGCGUUUUGGUCAGUUAACAUAUUUAAGAAUUUAUGAAGGUGUCAUUAGGAGGGGUGAUUCCAUAAUCAACGUAAACACAGGCAAGAAGGUUAAGAUACCUCGCUUAGGUCGGAUGCAUUCAAAUGAGAUGGAGGAAAUUCAAGAGGCACAUGCCGGGCAAAUAGUUGCUGUAUUUGGCGUAGAUUGUGCUUCAGGAGAUACUUUCACCGAUGGAUCAGUUAGAUAUACCAUGACGUCUAUGAACGUCCCGGAGCCAGUGAUGUCCUUAGCUGUUUCACCAGUUUCUAAAGAUUCUGGAGGACAAUUCUCGAAAGCUUUGAAUCGCUUUCAGAGAGAGGAUCCUACUUUUCGGGUUGGUUUGGAUGCGGAGAGUGGCCAGACGAUUAUUUCUGGUAUGGGAGAGCUGCAUUUGGACAUAUAUGUUGAGCGCAUUCGAAGGGAAUAUAAGGUUGAUGCAACUGUUGGAAAACCUCGUGUUAACUUCAGAGAGACUGUAACUCAACGUGCUGAAUUUGAUUAUUUACACAAAAAGCAAACUGGAGGACAAGGUCAAUAUGGAAGGGUUACUGGGUAUAUUGAACCACUUCCACAUGGGUCAUCAACAAAGUUUGAAUUUGAAAACAUGAUUGUAGGUCAAGCAAUACCGUCUAAUUUUAUUCCAGCGAUUGAGAAGGGAUUUAAAGAAGCUGCCAAUUCGGGUUCGUUAAUAGGUCAUCCAGUAGAAAAUAUCCGUGUCGCUCUGACAGAUGGUGCAUCCCAUGCUGUGGAUUCUAGUGAACUUGCAUUCAAGUUAGCUUCCAUUUAUGCAUUUAGAAAGUGCUACCCAGAAGCAAGACCAGUUAUUUUGGAACCGAUAAUGCUAGUGGAACUGAAAGCACCAACAGAGUUUCAGGGCACUGUGACUGGUGAUAUUAACAAGAGAAAAGGUGUGAUUGUUGGGAAUGACCAGGAUGGAGAUGACUCAGUAAUCACUGCCCAUGUGCCUCUCAAUAAUAUGUUUGGGUACUCGACAUCUCUUCGUUCAAUGACACAGGGUAAGGGUGAGUUCACAAUGGAAUACAAAGAACAUUUACCAGUUUCUCAAGACGUACAGAUGCAACUUGUGAACAAUCACAAGGCCUCCAAGGCAGCCGAAUAGCCAAGUUCAUGGUUUUGAAGUCCUCAAUGCAACCACAGAGCCGUUUGCAAGGCUAUCUGCAAAUAGUUAGGGUUUUGUUAUGAUCAUUCUCCUAUGCACUUACAUAGGUUCACUUGUAUUUCUUUUUUGUUACUAUCAUUCUUCUUGGGCAGCUUCUGUGAAAAUCUGCUAUAGAGGUUCUAAAGUUGUUGCAAUAAACACGUGCAUCUUCAUCACAGCAGACGCAGGAUGUUUGUGAUGAAGAUAAAUGUGUUUGUUACAACAACUGUAGAAUCUCUAUAGCAGAUUUUCACAGAAGCUGCCCAAGAUCCUAUAUGAAGAGUAUGCUGAUAUUGUGAGGCUGAAUGGGUCUAUAAUUUUGAGAAUUUAGAAGCCCAAAUAAUGUAAUUUAAACAUUAUUCUAUUGAAUAUUGUGUGAGAACCACUGUAUUAUUUAUCCUCUAAGCGCAUGUCAAUCGAUUUAUAA